AUGCUGAUGUUUGUCAGCAUCGAAACAGCUCCAGAUAGGUCGCACAUCAUUGCAAAAGAUCUCUGUCGGUUUGCGGUUGAAAAGUAUAUAGCUGGACUAGCUGUGGACUUGUGGGAUUCGAAGCUGGACACGCCGCAACAACCUUGUCCAGCUCAAACAGCGACAUCGGCGGUGAUGCGUUCUCCCAAGCAACCGGCGAAACUAGUCAUGCUUUUGCUAUGGGCGCUGUUGCUGCUCUGUAACGGAGUUGGCAAUGCCCUUGGCAAAACGAUCCACGAGAACAGCGUCGAUCUGCAGGCUCUGCUCGCCUUCAAGCAAGGCGUCAUCGAUACGCAAGGAGCCUUGAGCAGCUGGAACACCACCACCACCAACUUCUGCCGGUGGAAUGGUGUCAACUGCACCACGACACGACCAUUUCGCGUCUUGCGGCUUGUCCUCCCCGGCCAGAACUUACAAGGCCAAAUUACCUCCUUUCUUGGAAACAUGACCUUCCUUAGAUCUCUUGACCUCUCCUAUAAUAGCUUCGUUGGCCCCUUGCCUAUCCUUGGCCAUCUCCAACAACUAAAGAUACUUUAUCUGAACAACAACAAUUUAAUUGGGAUAAUUCCUGAUUCACUUACCAACUGUUCUAGCUUGGACUCCUUGGAUCUCUCAGCAAACUCGCUAGCGGGUGUAAUUCCUACGAAGCUAGGCCUUCUUUCAAAUGUGACAUACAUCAAUUUUAAAUUAAAUCAACUCGAGGGAAGAAUUCCCGAUGAGCUUGGGAGGUUGUCGAAAUUGCAAUACUUGCUCCUGGGCAACAACAGGCUCUCAGGUGAAUUCCCACAUGCCAUCUUGAAUCUUUCAGCUUCCCUCCAAUACCUAAGCCUAGAGUUCAAUAUGCUAGGUAAGACAUUGCCAUCUAACAUUGGCGACCUUCAUUUUCUGACAGAGCUUACCUUGGAAAACAACAGGUUUGAAGGUCAAAUCCCGGUUUCAAUUGGCAAUGCCCUAGGGUUACAACUGAUAGAUUUAUCAAAUAACAGUUUCAGUGGGAAAAUUCCUACUGAUUUCGGAAAGCUUUCAAACCUUACAUUUCUAAACCUUCAAUAUAACCACCUUGAAGCAAGAGAUGACCAAGACUGGGAAUUCCUGAAUUCAUUGAGGAACUGUAGUUCUUUAAAUGUACUCUCCGUCGCAUACAAUGAGCUAAAGGGCUUACUACCCGAGACCGUUGGUAACCUAUCAUCCAGCCUUGAACAGCUUCUGUUGGCUGGAAACAGCUUAUCAGGACAAGUUCCCCAAAGCAUAGGGAAACUUAGUGGACUAACCAAACUUUCACUAGAUCAUAACAAUUUUACUGGUACAAUUCAUGGAUGGAUAAAAAAUCUCAAAGACAUGCACAUUCUACAUCUCGAAUCCAACAACUUCACGGGGCCAAUUCCAUCCUCUAUUGGGAACCUUACGAAGUUGCUAGACCUUUCCCUAUAUGAAAAUAAAUUUGAAGGGCCUCUACGAUCGAACUUUGCAAACCUCCAACCGCUCAUACUUUUGAACCUUAGCCACAAUAAUAUCCAAGGUGCCAUACCUCGAAUUGACAAUCUCAAACAACUCACAAUUUUAGAUCUAUCGUCAAAUAAGCUUACUGGAGAUAUUCCUAAUUCUUUGGGCGAAUGCUAUUGCUUAGCGAAUUUGCAAUUGGACAAAAACUUUCUGACUGGAAAUAUCCCAGCUACUUUUGGCAAUCUGUCAUUGCUGAGUACGCUAAAGCUUUCACACAACAACUUGUCAGGCACAAUUCCAUUUACUCUAAAUAGACUAGAGGCCCUCAACGAGCUCGACCUUUCCUAUAAUCAUCUUCAAGGAGAAAUACCAAGAAAUGGAGUACUCGAAAAUGCUACAGCUAUUUCACUGGAGGGCAACUGGGGCCUGUGCGGAGGUGCGAUGGAUCUCCACAUGCCCCCGUGCCCCACUGUUUCUCGGAGAUCAGAGAAGUACUAUUUGUUCCGAGCAUUGAUUCCAUUAUUUGGCUUCAUGUCACUCGUAAUGUUGACCUAUGCUAUAAUCACCGGGAAGAAAACAUCACGAAGAAAGAACUUAUUUUUGCUUUCUUUUGGUAAGAAAUUCCCAAUAGUCUCUUACAAGGAUCUAAAUCAAGCUACAAGAAACUUCUCAGAGGAAAGGCUCCUCGGAAGAGGAAGCUAUGGUUCAGUGUACACAGGAAAGUUAACCAGAGCUAAAAUACAAGUGGCCAUUAAGGUUUUUGACCUUGAGAUGAAAUUUGCAGACAAAAGUUUUUUAACGGAAUGCGAUGUUUUGAGAAGCAUUCGACAUCGGAACCUUCUACCCAUCCUAACAGCUUGUUCGACAAUCGACAACAAUGGUGAUGCUUUCAAAGCUAUAAUUUACGAAUUCAUGCCUAACGGCAACUUGGACACAUGGUUGCAUAGCAAAUUUGCUGGUGGUUCUUGUUUGAGCUUAGCUCAAAGAGCAAGCAUAGCUGUUGGCAUUGCAGACGCGUUGGCUUAUUUACACCAUGAUUGUGAAAGGCAGAUUGUACAUUGUGAUUUGAAGCCAACAAAUAUCCUUCUUGAUGAUGAUAUGAAUGCUUAUUUGGGAGACUUCGGCAUUGCAAGCCUCGUUGGAUAUUCAGCUUCAAAUACCUCAACUGAACUGAAGGGAACAAUAGGGUACAUAGCUCCUGAGUAUGCUCAAAGUGGCCAGGCGUCCAUCAGUGGGGAUGUUUACAGUUUUGGAAUAGUACUCCUAGAGAUGUUGAUUGGUAAAAGACCGACGGAUCCUAUGUUUGAGAAUGAACUCAGCUUGGUCAACUUUGUGGAGAGGAAUUACCCAGACCAGAUACUACGUAUCAUUGAUGCUCGUCUCCAAAGAGAAUGUGAGAGCUAUAUCCAAGCACACAUUACAAUGGAAAAUGCGGUCUAUGGAUGCUUGUUAUCACUCAUUCAAGUCUCUCUCUCUUGUACGCGUCUGAACCCAAGGGAACGAAUGAACAUCAGAGAAGUAACCACUAAGCUCCAUUCAACCAGAGCGUCAUGCAUUAAAGCGACAAAGUGAGAGCAAGUCUUGCUUCACUAGAGUGGCUUCAAUGGGUCAUGAGCUCAUGUUAUACCAAGUUGAUUUUCUCCUUCAUAUUUUUCAGUAUUAUGAAUAAAUUGUGGAAGAUGACAGAAUAGCCACAUGGACACUGAGUAACAUGCAUAAUUUUAGGUUAGCACUGGAUGUUGUGAUAUGGAAGGAUGAAUUGAGCUAGAAGAAAAGUGAUUGAUGUAAACUAGUUUCGGUGGUAGUAAGAACCAUAUUAAGUACAGAACACCGCACUAGUUUUGGUGUAUU